UUUCAUUUAAAAACUGAAGACCUUAAACCUCAGCUACCUACGACUUGUAGUCAUUGCUUGGAAGACAUGGUGCUCCCCAGUGAGCUCUACCUGGGUGUAGUGUGCUGGCUGGGUGUGUAGACCCUAUUAAUAAAGCAAAGCUUGCACAAGAUAGUGGCUUGUGAUGAGAGGGCUGCUGAUGGCUCCCAACACUCCAGGCAGCAUAAGCCUCUGUCAUCUCACCUGGGCUGAACGCAGGAGGUGCUGCAUGCUGGUUUUGGGUGCGAUGCCGCCUAAGGAUCGCGGCAGAGGCAAGCUGCCUGUUCCUCUCCCAAGAGACAUGAUCCUGAAAGACACUGAAGGAAAAGUCUGGAGGCUGGGCAGUCAGAUCGGCCAGGGAGGAUUUGGCUUGAUCUAUUUAGCUUCUCCUCAAACUCAUGUUCCUGUAGAAGAUGAUGCAGUGCAUGUAAUUAAAGUGGAAUAUCUUGAAAAUGGCCCCUUAUUUUCUGAACUGAAAUUUUACCAGAGGGCUGCAAAACAAGAGCAUAUAAGAAAAUGGAUGAAUCUCAAAAACAUAAGAUGUUUAGGAAUUCCAGUGUUUUGGGGAUCAGGCUUGGCUGAGUACAAGGGAAAAAGCUAUAGAUUCAUGGUCAUGGAGCGACUAGGGGAAGACCUUCAAAGAAUCUUUGAAGAUUGUGGAAGCAGAUUUAAGAAGGAGACUGUUCUGCAACUUGGGGCACGAACGUUGGAUACUUUGGAAUAUAUACAUGAAAAUGAGUAUGUUCAUGGAGACAUUAAGGCAGCAAAUCUACUUUUGGGCUACACCAAUCCACACGAGGUUUAUCUUGCAGAUUAUGGACUUUCCUACAGAUAUUGUCCCAAUGGGAACCACAAACAGUAUCAGGAAAAUCCUAGGAAGGGCCAUAAUGGGACAAUAGAGUUUACCAGCGUAGAUGCCCACAAGGGAGUAGCCCCGUCCAGACGAGGUGACCUUGAAAUCCUUGGCUACUGCAUGCUGCAAUGGUUAUGUGGGAAGCUACCCUGGGAACAGAACCUGAAGGACCCUGUGGCUGUCCAGACUGCGAAAACAAAACUUAUGGAUGAGCUCCCAGAUUCAGUGAUGGAAUGGGAUUCUUCUGGAAGCAGCUGUAGUGAAAUAUCCAAGUUUUUGGCAUGUGUUUAUGGCUUAGCUUAUGAUGAGAAGCCAAAGUAUCAAGUGCUCAAGAAAAUCCUGCUGGAUGGGCUAGAGUCAAGUGGAACUCGCUAUGAUGGCCCUCUGGAAUUUUCCGCUGCAGCAUGCACACGAAAUCACUGUGCUGCUAAAGUGUCAAAAGUUCGCUUACCAAAGCCUAUGCCAAAACCAGUUCAGCAGAGGCAAAAAAAGAUGGAAGGUGAAGAAUACGUCUGUCAAAACAAAGCCUGUACUGGGGUAGCAGGCAAACAACUCCGAGAUGAAGAAAAGCCAAGUAAAUUAAACAGGAUGCUUCACCAAACAGAGCCUCAGCAGGUUCACUUACUGAAGCCUUUGCCGAAACCAGUGCAACAGAAGCAAAACAAGGUGAAAGAGGAAGAAUCUAACUGCCUAAGCAGGCCCCGCGCUCGGGUAACACGCCGGCAAUUCCAGGCUGAAGAGAAGCCGAUUAAAUUAUACACUGCGAUUGAGGAGCCUGACCACCUGCAAAAGAAAGACACUGCAAGAGAAUUGCCACCGUUUGACCCCCAAGCAAUAGUCUCAGAAUCCAAAAAGAAACACGAUCAACUCUUCAUUACAGAUCAUCCAGCAUCGUUGCAAGAAACUGGUUCUGACAGCACUAGUCCUUCUAUAUCUAUUAUAUUUAGGCUUGCAUUUUCUGAUGAAACAUACCACUACAGUAUAGCUAUACUUGUACUUCUGCCACUAAUAUUACUUUCCUUGUAUUUUCUCUGAUGUCACUGUUUCAGUGUCUUCAGUGUAACUGCAGCGGUGUUCCCAUCACGCAGUUUUUUCUCAGAGUUUCUUCAUUGAAGAUUUCAGCGUCAGUGGCUUGAAAAAGAUUUUUUUUUUUUUUUAAAUAGUACUGUUAUUACAUAUCUUUUACAGGCAAGUUCUCUUAAACUUUCCAAAUCUGCACUCAAUAGUUACGUAUACACUAAACUAUUUCUACAAGGCUGUUUUGUGUUAGAAAUGUUGGGAUUCUUUUUUUUUUUUUAAGCUGGACCUUUGCUACAGCAACAUUAAAAAAGUAUCAUGUAAUACAA